GUAUUAUCUUCACUUUGGUAAUAAUCUGGUGUUUGAUAAUCUGCUGCCGUGAUGUAUGAUACGUGGCUGAACGGCCAUAUCAUCAGUGCUUAGUUCCAUUUCAUUAUCAUAUAUGCUUCAUUUUUAACAACUACCAAAUCCUAACGAUUCCCCGCGACAUUCCAGCAUCAUGAUUCUCCGCAACAUUAGUAACAGUAGUGCAAGGGCAGAACGAGCGAGGUACAAAGUGCACCAUCUCAAAGAGGAGGUAGAUUUUCGAAAAGUAAACUUGAUAAAGAGCACUUUGAUGAAGAGCGGCUUAGAUGAUUCACGAGCAAGGGCAGAACUAGCUGAAAGUAAAGAAGCACUAGCCCACGCGAUACAACAGCUGGAUACCGAACUUGAGCUGCUCUCUGUCUUAGACAACGCCUCAAAGGCUGUCAAAGUACUACUUACUGGCGUUGUGCAAGGGGAUAUGCCUGAACGUCCCGAGAAUCUCUUCAUCUUUGAUUUGUCAAUUUCGAGUCUACCGCUUGACAAAAGGUACAGAAGGAAUGUUCGGUUUGAUGGGAGAUAUGCUAUAGAGAAGAAGAUUCAGGUUUUCGGAAGGACAUAUCUUAGAUGCUGUACUCUUCCGUCUUGCAGAGCAUACCAAGGGUGCUGAAGUAUACGUGCCGCUUCCAUCUGGCAACUUGCAGAUUCGCCAGAAGAGAACCUCAUCCGCCGUGGCUUUCAUUCUGAGCAUACUAAA